UGCAGCGACGAAACCCUAGAGAGGACUCUCUUGGGCAAUUUCAUUGCAAAUGCGCAGACUACUGAAUCAAAAGUACCACAGAGGCCUGGCUGGAAGGCAGCCCCAGCCACCAGGACUCGCGAGCAUGCACAAGUUGGAUAAGCCGGGCUUGGGAGCUACAGCGGGCCUCUGGGGAAGGCGUUGGCGUUAAUGAGAAGUGAAGAUGUGUUUACAGGAUGUGAGUUGAGUUCUCUCCACCUUUACCUUCCGAGAGCUGCUUCUUAUGCCUCAUGGUGACAGGUACAAAUCUUUACGCUAAAAGGCAAUAUGAAGCCAGUAAAAAAAAAGAAAACCGAAGAGCCUGAAUUGGAGCCCCUGUGUUGCUGUGAGUACAUAGAUCGAAAUGGGGAAAAGAACCACGUGGCUGCCUGUUUGUGUGAUUGUCAGGACCUCGAUGAAGGCUGUGACAGGUAAGCUUACAGUUUCCAGAUGCUAACCCCACUGGUUCUGUUCAGACCUCCAUAUAUCCUUUCAGGUAUGCCAUCCAGAAUGCUGAGUUUUGCUUUUGCUAUUCCAAAGGAUCUAAAAUAGAGAAUUGUGUUUGCUGUCAGGUGUGAGGGUUCAGUUUAUGAGGACUUCAACAGUUUUCAUUUUCAACGAUGAUGACGGGGGUAGGAGGUGCGGAUAGUAGACAGAUUAAAUGUAUUAAAGAACACAGUCCAGCACAAACUGCAGGUUUAAAUGAACAUUCCAGAAAGUUCUUAUAUUCUCUGUGAUCUUAGUAGAUAGAGCCCAGGCAUGGGUCAUUCCCACUUGGUCACAUGGGGCCUGGAGGGUGAAAGAUGGCUUUUCUGCUCUCAGCUUACCCCUUGUUUCUGGGAAGAGAGGCCGUGUACACCCUGUAGAGAGUGACUGUUUAUAUGUGGGCAGCAAUACUGUCCUGAUUGUAACAUUGCCUAAUCUUUGACCUUUUCUUUCACCACAAUCUCAUCGAUGGAAAUUGCUAUCUAAAAAGAAGAGUUUUUAGCAUCAGUUAAAAACAUUUUGUAUCAAGUAGCAAUAGACUGGUUUUAGCCAUUUUUCUAAAUAUAUAUUUUUAAAUGCCUGCUUAUGGAAGGCGGUAAUGUGAGAGGAAGAGGGAUGUUGGAGACGAGCUUUUCCCAGAAACUGUCCCUUCUGCUUACAAAGUCACUGUCAGUAUAGAUUGUUAGGCCAAGAAAAGCUUUGCAUGGAGACCACUGCAGUCUUCUGUCACACUUGACUCUUAAAGCUCAUGUCCACGUUGUUCCUUGUGUAAAUAGGAAGCCUUAGAUAUGGCUUCUUUAGACUUAGUCUAGGAUUCACACUGAGGGAAUUAGAGCCCUUUGCGCUGAGGAACGGAGGAAGGGUGCCGUGUCCACAGUGACUGUCACUUAGGACUGCAGCUUUGCCGUUAGCUCUGCUGACUCUUCCUCUCUGCUAGCCCUUGGGGCCUGGGCUGGCCCCUGAGUUCUCUCCUCUGGCUGAUUGCCUUUUUCUGGAGGCAGGCUUCCGUGUGUCCACCACCCUGCUGCUCUGUGACUCCAGGUGAUAUCUCCGACUCACUUUAAGGCGUCUCAAAUUACCGUUGCCUAAACUACCUUUUCUUUCUUGCCUGUCUUAGUCCACGCAGGCUGCUGCAACAAAAUACUCCUGAGUGGGGUACAUUACAAGUGAUAGAAGUGGACUGUCUGGUUCUGGAGGUGGAGAAACCCAAAAGCAGAGUGCUGGCGGACUUAGUAUCUAAUGUGACUCCUCUUCCUCAUGGAUGGCACCUGCCCACUUCAUCUGCACUCAGAAUGGAUGAAUGCCCAACCAAGAAUGGUCUUAAUUUGUGUAGAUAUUAAUCUCUUUCACGAGAUGUCCUGUUGACCUCACACUUCCUAAGAGCCCCCACUCUGAACAAGAUUGCAUUGAGAGUUACGUUUGAAUUUUAGCCACAAAUAUUGGCUCUGUAGCAAUUUACCUCUGCCCCCUCCAAAGAAUGUCUUCACAUGCACAAUACACCCCACCCCCGUAGCUGCCAACCUCCAAAGUUUAAUUGUUCAAGUAUCAGCACAGACAUCUUAAGUCUCCAGAGCGGUCUAGAUGGCAUCAUCUAAGUCAGAAAUGGGUGAAACUCAUGAAGGACCCACAGCUAUGGGCCUGUGGCUAACAGGCUGUGGGCAGAAGAGAGGUUAAGAGUACCUCUUGCUCUUGCAGAGGAUCGGGGUUCAAUUCCCAACACACUUAUGGCAUCUUACAACUGCCUGUAAUUCCAGUCCCAAGGUAUCUGACCUCAGUGGGUACAAGGCACAGACAUGAUGCACAUGCACGCAUGUAGACAAAACACUUGUACACAUAAAGUAAUUAAAAAGUAAAGAAAGAAAUAACAGACUGUGUACUUUGAAAACACAACAGUGGGGCAUUCAGUGAAAAACAUUCCCAUGUCAGGAAAGAGAAAUGAGAAAGAAAAGUAAUGGCAGGUCCCACUCCUACAGGACAAAUCACUUGUGAUGUAGACAUCCUACCUUCCAGACAUGCUGAGCUACAAGUUGGACCCUAAGGGCUUAGCUCAUACUGUAGCUCAUGGGUUGGUGUCUUGGGUCUGCACAGAGUUCAUGGGUGGCUGGGUCCAUCCUGGGGUUUGAGGUCAGUUCUUUCUUACAGCUUCACUAGGCACUGCCUGGUGAGGCUCUCUGCAGUGGUCGCAUACACAAGAGUAUCCUCACGAGGACUCUGUGGUAGUUCUUGGCCUCAGCCUUAAUAUUCUCUGGAACGUUCUUUGACAUUCAUGUGGAUAUGGAAAUGCCUCCACAGCCCUUGUAUUGUGCAGAGCUGUGGAAUUGGGAACAUAUGCUGCCACCCACGUUUACUACUGAUGCCCUUGGGAGCAGUGGCCUCAGCAGCCUACGUUGCACCUGGCCUUACCUAGGGUUUCUGUGGGACGAUGAAUGUGGGGAACAGAUUUGAUGUGGUACUAGGGAGUGAGCCCUGGAGUUUCAUGGGCAUUUUGAGCCAUUUUCUGUGAGACCGUGCUGCCAUUAAGGCCCAGGCAUUCUUGGCUUCUGACUGGAGCACAGCCCUUCUCAGAGCUUUAAGGGCCAUCCUCCCAUUGUCUUGGCCCAUACCACAGGGCUCAUCCAUACUGGUCUCAUGAUGCUGUCUCUCACACAGCUUUCCGUUACUGUAGAUAGGUUAAGAAGGCCAAUAACUUCCCAGAUCCUCAAGUUACGUUUCCCUUUGUUAUUUUUUUCUUUAAAGCCAUUGUAUAUGCAUUACACGUAGGUCUAUGUGCACCAGUGUUCCUGGUGGACAGUGUUUGAUAUCAAGUGUCUUUCUAAAUAGUUUCUAUGUCUUAUUUUUUGAUAUAGUGCCUCUCACUGAACCUAGACCUCCUCUUUUGGCCAGACUAGCAAGUUUCAGGAAUCCCCCUGGCUGCUACCCCACUCCCCACAGCACUAGACUAAAAACUCAUACCCCCACACCUUUCAGUUUUUAUAAUAAUGCACGUGCCUGUGUAUUCACGCGUGUCCCAUAGCUUUGAUGUGCAGGUCAGAGGACAGCCUGUUGGUUAGUGCUCUCCUUCCGGCAUGUGGACUAUGAAGAUUGACCGCAGGUCAUCAGCCAAGGUCACAAGCACCCUUAUCCACUGAGUCACCUUGCUAGCCCCUUAUCCAAAUUUUCACAUGGGUACUAAGGAUCCAAAUUGAUUCCUCUUGCUGUAGGGCAAGUACUUUGCCAACCGAGCCAUCAUCCUAGGCCCCAAAGUAGUACUUGUUAUUGUUGUUACUGUUAUUUUAUUGUUUGUAUGUGUAUUUGUGUAUAGGCCAGAGAUGUGUCAGAUGUCUUACGCAAUAGAUACCCACCCUAAUUUUUGAGUCGGUGUUUCUUCACUGAAUCUGGAGCUCACUGACUGGGUAGGCCGGCCGGCCAGUGAGCUCUGGAGAGCCACUGCUCGCUCCCCAGUGCUGGGAUUACAAAUGCUUAACACUGUGCCUGCCUUUUUACAUGGGUGAUGGAAAUCUAGACUCACGGGCUCAUGUUUGUACGGCAAGCACUUUGCCCAGCAGACAUUUUCCCCAGCCUGUCCUUUCCUUAUUCCCACCGGAGCAUGAGUUCAAGAGAAGCUGUGUAGACCCCUGACACAUUGAUUAGAGAUUUCUCCUGUUAAUACUGUUCCAUUGCUCUUCAAGCCUACCUUCUAAAGAACACUAGGACGUGAGCACAGCUCAACUCCCUGCUUCGUAAGGUUCAUAAGGCUCCUGAGGUCCCUUUAUAGAGGCCCUAAUCCCAUUUUUCGAGGAUUCUUCUGUGAUAGGUGACCAGAUCCCCUCUUACAAGACCACCCUGCUGGAGUCUCAGGCUAUUGCUCUCUCUGGCCUUGAAUUGCUGAGCUCAGAGGUCCUCCUGCCUCAGGCCUUCAUGCAACUGUGAAUGCAGGUGCCUGCCUCCAGGUCCAGCAGCUUCUUCCCUUUGUGCUUAGGUGUUAAAGAUUCAGUUUUAAAACUGGAACACUCAGAUAGCUGCAUGCCUCCUGCAAAGUCAGCAGGCCCCAUUCUGGGCAGUCAUCGACUUACUUUAGUUCAUUCUGCAUCUUUGCUCAAGCAGACUUCUGUCUAGGACAGCCAGGUUCACUCCCAGGGCCCAGGACAGGCCCAGAGGGCACCUACCUCUCCCCUGAGACACUCCCUUCCUUUGCUAGCUCAGGGUUAAGUACAGACCACGCCUUCCCACUGAGCGCUGAGCAUAAAGCUUCCUAGGAAGACCGCUGCGGCCUACCUAAUGCCUUUUGAAUUCUCACUGUCAAGUUUUGUUAAUUUUAAAGAUUCAUCUGAUUGUAUACCACUUAGGUCUAUUGUAUUCCACAUUUGUAUGGAAUAUAUGUAUAUACCUGUGUAUGUAAGAAAGGUUGCUGAUAGUUGACAUUUAUGAGCAUUAUCUUCCUAUUUAGAGAAACAUGAUAACGUGAAUCUGGAAAGCUUGCGUUUAGUACUGAGGGAAUAAACUGUUGACUUUUGGUGCGUUAUAACUUAUGCUGCUGUUUGACAUCUGGGGCCACGUAGGUUUUCAUUCACCCUGUGAAGCACGUUCUUCUGUUCUCUCUGAAUAGAUGGCUUACCUGUAAAUCGCUUCGGCCGGAGACGUGUGAGAGAAUCACGGAUACGAUUUCUGAUCGCCUCCGAAUUCCUUGGCUCCGAGGAGCCAAAAAAGUCAAUAUCAGCAUCCUCCCCCCACUCGUGCUCUUGCCGGUUCUGCUCCGCGUGGCUUCCUGGCACUUCCUGCUGGGGGUGGUGGUUCUGACCUCCCUGCCCAUGCUGGCACUGUGGUACUACUACCUCACUCACAGAAGGAAAGAGCAGACGCUGUUUUUCUUGAGCCUCGGUCUGUUCUCCCUGGGCUACAUGUACUAUGUGUUCUUGCAGGAAGUGGUCCCCCAAGGGCACGUAGGGCCCGCUCAGCUGGCCCUUCUCACCUGCGGGUUAUUUCUGAUACUCGUAGCCUUGUACCGAGCCAAGAAGAAUCCAGGCUACCUCAGCAACCCAGCAUGCAAUGACAAAUCCCCCAGCAACAGCCAAAUCGAAUGCCCGAUCAAAAAAGGGCAGGAGAAGACCAAAGGGUUCCCCGGCACAGAUACCUCGGGGAGCCUUAACAACCGCACACUGAAGGACGAUGCUAAGGGCUCCUCCAGGGUGGGGCUUGACAGCCCCGCCAAAUCGAAGGAAGACUGGUGUGCCAAGUGCCAGCUAGUGCGGCCCGCCCGGGCGUGGCAUUGCCGGAUAUGCGGUAUCUGUGUGAGGAGAAUGGAUCACCAUUGUGUCUGGCUUGCUUGUGUAUCGUGUGAGCUACAGGAGACAUUCUCAAACAAAUGUAUUUGUCCCCCUCCCCCUGCUGUUUUGAGGAUAAACAGCUGCGUCGGAGAAUCAAACCAUCAAGCGUUUAUACUUGCUCUUUCCAUCUUCUUGCUCACUUCGGUUUACGGAAUAUCGCUGACCUUGAACACCAUCUGUAGGGACAGAAGCCUCUUCACAGCCCUCUUCUACUGUCCUGGAGUUUACGCUAAUUACAGCUCAGCUCUAUCCUUCACCUGCGUGUGGUACUCGGUGAUCAUCACAGCCGGCAUGGCCUACAUCUUCCUCAUCCAGCUGAUAAACAUCAGCUACAAUGUGACGGAGAGGGAAGUGCAGCAGGCCCUUCGGCAGAAGACGGGGCGCCGGCUCCUCUGUGGGCUCAUUGUGGACACGGGCCAGUACAACAGGGGCUUCCUGCGCAACUGGCUCCAGUUCUCCACCCUAGGCACACGCACAGUCCACACCCCUGCCGAGGACAUUGUCUAAGUGCCUUCCAUGCGGCCCUGCGGGACAUUCCUCGCUGUCCUUCCUGUUCACGUCAGUAUCCAUGCAGGACUCAUCUCCACCGCCCACUUCUCGGAAGUACUGCCGAGCUACGCUCAGGUUUGGAGAGGACCGAAGAAAGGGUAACUUCUUCUGCCUUUAUAACUCAUGGGAGUUUUACUGAAGCAGCAAGAGUAGCCAUUCCUUUCCUGUCCCCUUGCUGACUCAGGCACCAGAAGCUGCAAAGAGGCUGUGGUCACACAAACUGUCCAUAUGAGGAAGGAAGUUAGUUAGAAUGAGGAGUGUUCCUAGUCCUCCGUUCCAUUUCUAAUAGCCAUGUGACCCCUCGGUCGAGUCACUUUCCCAAGUCUCAGGUUCAUCUGUGUGGGGGCUUCUGCUGCCUGGCUACCUCAUGGAGCAGCCAUGAUGGCCACCUGAGGAGGGCUGUGGAGUUCAACUCCAGCACUCGGGGGAGUCAGGCAUUAUUAGAAAAUGCCUAGGACUGAAGCAGACUGCUCAUAGGUCAGAAUAUUGAAGCCAAUACUGUUAAGACAAUCAGUUUGUACAGUUAAGGAAAUUCUCCAUGUUAGACCUGUGAUUGCAGGUUAGUAACAAACAAGAGGGUUGAUACUAGUAAUCUCGUCUUGAGAAGGACAGCUGAUGAAAAUAUCUGUGCAGUGUGUAGUGGGCAGAAAUUUAGGUGACGAAUAUAUUUUUUAAUGUAUCAUUUUAUAUUUAUUAUACUUAACUAAUUUUUCCCCCUUCCACGUUUUCCCUGGGUGAGGCGCUGGCACACGGGUGGUUGUGGUUGGAAGGAGAGGAGACUGUCCUCCGAGAACAUUUCCCUCUUGUGGCUGUGGAGGCUGAUUAAUAUCAAGGGCUUGAUUUUUUAUUAUUAUCCAUGUAUUUUCAGUGCUGUAAUGUUUAGAGCACUAAAUGGGAACAUCAGCCGGGAUGAACUCUCUCCAGGGUGACUGACACCUUUCCAUAUCCACAUGGCUGUCCUCCCUACGAACAUGCAUCUCACAGGAGAGAACAGCGUACAUGCGCUUCCCAGCACUGAGCAGAACACUGCUUUCUAGCUCUUCCCCCUACUAAAGUGUUCCUUUGUGUCUCAGAACUGAAACUUGGGGAAGACUACACAGUGGGCCCUCUUUCUGCCACAGAAACGGGAGAUCCAUCGGAGAACUCCAUCUUGAAGUGUCUGUUUUUACACAUGUACUGUUUCUGGGAUCCCAAAGAUCAAAGAUAAUUUGUGAGACCUUAAGUUUGCCUUGGCCUUGUUGCUUCAGAGGGGAAACAGAGCUUUGUGGGUGUUGCUGCUGUUGUUUGCUGUUCUCUGCCUGCUUGUAUGCACGGAGGAAAUGCUCCUGCUUCUUGGGCUAGUCUGCUCUUGCGCAGAGCGCCAUCCUGAGACUUGCCAUUGACCGGGGCUCUCCUGAAGACAGGUGCCACAUUUUCAUCCAGGUUUGUCAUUGCUCUCCGCAGAGAUCUAUUGUUCAAUAAAUAAUAGACUCCGUAUCCCACUGGGUAAGCCAGAGAGGGAGCCUGGGGAUGCUCGCUGGCUGCAGUUUCUACGGUGACGCCUGGCCCAGAGUCAAACAUUCAGAAUGAAAGUUGGCUUGGCUACAACUAAUUUCUGUCUUUGUGGGUUUUAGGUAAGAGAGAUGGUAGUAACGUCAGAGACAGCGUAUGUGGGCAGAAAUUGGUAGUUUUCAUGUCUCUCGAAUGCCAGGUAUGUAGCCAACUCUGAGCAGCUAGCUGCUGUGAGAAUUUGGAGAAGUCGUUUAGUCAUACAUGUGCCUGCUGCGUCUUCAUCAGCAGUGCGCUUGGGAUGUGAGCACCACCCCGAGACCCAGCAGGAGGAUUAGCAGUGAGCACCCUCUUCCCCAGAGCUCGCCGCUCAAGGUUCACAUGAGUGAGGCCCCUCACGUGCAUGGGGACUCCUUGUUGGCUCUGGCUCACUGGAAUUAAGAAGCCAAAAUUUCUUUUCUUUUUAGAUUUUGUAUGUGUGUGUGUGUGUGUGUGUGUGUAUGCGCGCGCGUGUGCGUGUGCGUGUACAGAGGAGGCCAGAAGAGCUCCCCCUGGAGCUGGAGUCACAGGCAGCCAAUAGCCAGCUGACAUGGGCUCUGAGAACGGAACUUGGGUCCUCUGGAAGAGCAGCACGUGCUCCUAACUGCUGAGCCAUCUCUGCAGCCUCCAGAGGUGAAGUUCCUGGAGAACUUUGGUGGUUUACAGAAUGAAGCUCAAACCUGGAUGCAGAUUCUUGCUUUGUGGAUCUUUCAGUUCUCCUAACCCCCUCCCCGCAAUGUAACGCACUAGGAAUGGAGAACAGGGUACAUGCGCUUCCCAGCACUGAGCAGAACACUGCUUUCUAGCUCUUCUUCCCAGCACUGAGCAGAACACUGCUUUCUAGCUCUUCUUCCCAGCACUGAGCAGAACACUGCUUUCUAGCUCUUCCCUGUACUAAAGUGUUCUUUUGUGUCUCAACUGAAACUUGGGGAAGACUACACAGUUUCUGCCACAGAAAUGGAAGAUCCAUCGGAGAACUCCAUCUUGAAGUGUCUGUUUUUACACAUGUACUGUUUCUGGGAUCCCAAAGAUCAAAGAUAAUUUGUGAGACAUAAAAUUUGCCUUGACCUUGUUGCUUUCUAGAGGGGAAUUGGGAAAUAUGCACUCAGGCUUUUACAAUUCAUUUCCAAGAGACAGUAAAUCAGGGGCUAUCUACAAUCAGACCUUUGUGCUUUAUGAUCUUGUUUGUGGGAUUUUGGUGUUCUCCAGACAGUAGAAGAUGUAAUUGGAGUCUUUAAAAAGGCAAGGCCUUUGUGAGUGGGCUGUCCAAACCUCCAUGGGUAAGAUGAGCCCAGCAGUCCCUUGGCCAUGGGAGUGAGUGCUCCCCACAAAUGUGACACCAGGUUAGCAGGUCCUCUUGUCCUCCAUCUGAGCUACAUGAAGAACCCACCCUGUUCUGACCCCUACAUUACUUCCAUACCACUGUGUGUUCCCAGGAAAGAGGACCGAGGCUGCUUUUUAAAAACUCAAGGGAAAACACUAAGGAUCAAGACUGGAAUGAGGAAUCCUUCCUAUUAGAAGUGUGUCUUAGGAGCUUGCAAAGUACUGUGUAGGUCACCCUCACUGCCUCCUUGGCAGGCCACUCUGACGCCGCUAAAACAAAGCCUUAAAUGUGUUUUGGGGACAGUGCUGUCUGAUCCCUCAGCCACAUAGUUGCUAGGGUAUUUGUAAAUCUCUGCUCUCCAAGUGGCAUUUCCCUCUGAUGAAUGAUUGACUGUUGUCCACUGUACAGCCUGCCUAGAAGGAAAACUGCUGUAAACUUUCUCUUACACAAUAGUCCUUGGGACUCUAGAAUUUUUAGCAAGAGAAAACUUUGUAUUCUAGAACUUUCCACUGCCAGAAAACACAAUGCCAGUAAGAGUCUAUGUAAUACUGAUAUCUGCCUAACAGACUUCCUUUUUUUGGGUAGGACAUCAGCUUUUUAUUAUUCAGCUCAACCAACAGAAGUAAAAACCUGUAGAAGCACAGCUUUAGCCAUGAAGUUUAACACAAGCAAUGCGCCAUGCGCUCGCUCAUCUCUCUAAACCAGCCGAGUAGGUUUCUGUGACGUAACUUCCUGUUAGCCACACUUUGGCACCCUGCCUUCCAAAAAGAGCCUUUUCCGGCAAGCAGUGGGUUCGAAUUGUGCUGGAGGCCUGCCGGGAGCCUGGUCUGCUCAGAAGACUGGCAAGCGUGCAGGGCCUGUGAGGUGAGCGUGAAAGCCACAUGAACUAAACUGAGACUCAUGUCACAGCCGUACAGACAGCCGUACGGACAGCCAUGUGGACCUGAGCUGGCUCUGAGCAUUUCACUGUGGGAACGGAAGGCUGAACGGUUAGCACAGCAUGCGGGGUGGCUCUCUCUACCUUGGGCUUGAGAUUCAUAAGUACCGGAGAGAUGUCCUGGUGUCACUUUUUACCUUAAAAGAUCCAUAUGUAAAAGGCAAAGCUUUUAACCCAGAGCUAGCCUGCUCUACUGAUACAAAUAAAAGGUUUUUAGGCAGAGCCGUGGACAAGAUCCCGUCAGAGCAGCAGGCACAUACAUGCUGCCAGAGUCGGGGUGACUUGAUGAUUUGUUGUGUCUUCGGGGCCUUUUCAUUUGAUCUGAUUUCUGUGUUUGACGGUAGAUUGAGUGAAUCCCAGGAAUGGUUUUAAUAUUAAAUCCAAUAUUUAAUAUGGAGCCACGCUGGAGGCUGAGGGCUGGACUCUGCACUCUUCGUGUCCCUCUAUCGCCAACUUAGCACCUCAGACUCAGAUACAAGGCCUUUAAAAUGGAAAUUUUACCAACUGCUGCUGUUUGUGCAAAAUAAUAUCCUGUGAUCACAUUGUUUAAAUGGAAAAUAAAGUGCUUUCUUUUAUGAAAACAGUCUGAUUGUUGGUGUGCCCUGGAAGUGUUUUGUCUUAAAACACUCUGUGCUCUGAGCUGUGGGGCCUCCUGACUACCUUGUUGUUGUCCCCAUCCAGUGGUCUUUGCAGACCCUAAACUUGGUCUCCCUCUUUUCUUCCUGGCUUUGUAGGUGAGGUACUGUUUAUUCAGUGCUAGUUAGUGGCAGUGUUUCAGACCACGUCUUCACUAUGGCCUAUCAAGAGUCUGGUGGUCUCAAAGGUCUGUAGGCUGGCACUGUCCAGGGGGCUCAGUCAAUAUGUGUCUCUAGGAAGCAGUUUCUGGUUGAUGUUUGGGUGAAGCAAAGAUACAGUUUAUGACAGAAAGCAUGAUUUUUAUGUGACUUAUUUAGGACAUGAUAAAGAAUUCAGCCUUAUCUCUAGGGUUGGCAUUAAAUUAAUAUUUGUGUGUGGUUUUGAAUUUUUUAGUGUUAAUGGCCAGCAUUUAGUAAGUGUGCCAUAAUUAAGUAUAAACAGUGGUUUAGAUGGAAUAAGAUUAAAUAUGAUUUAGUUUCAUUUUUCUUGUGGUCAUUUGUCUUUGAAACACGUGUCUCUUGACGUGUCACAUGAUAUUAAAGAAAAAGGUGUGUGGGCUGCAGCUUAGCUCGGCUCUGGCGUUUUGUGGUCUCAGCCUGUCACUACAUAUCUUUCAUGAGAAAAAUGAUCAGAGCCACUUUGCAUGGCAUGCAGCUGGGAUAGCUUAAGAACUGUGCUGGGUCAAGCAAGUUUACGCAACAGUUUCAUUUUACCAAUUCGGAUGCUCUGGGCUAUGAGAAGCUUUCUCGUUCCACUAUGUGCAUUUGUAGACUAUUUGAAUUGGUCUCAAUAAAGACAUGUUUUACCUGA